AGAGAGAAUGGACGGCUCGGGAGCGAUCCUCUGCCAGAUCUCUUCCUUCAAGGACAUGCUUGACCAGGUGAAUGAAGAAAUUGAGGCGAACAUUCAGAUUACGCGCGAGAUUGAAUCGGAGAUCGUGAAAUGCUUGGAGAUUGAGAGCGCUUUGGCUGCGAGGGAGUCGGAGCUAACAAAGACGCUUUACGUUUCGCAGUUUGAAACCAAUGGAUUGGCCACCGUUACCAAUAAUUCAAGGACCUCACUGAAUUUCUUGGAGCAUGAGUUAUGUUGUCUAAGAAUGAAGCGGGAACAGAUGCUGAAAAGAAUAAAUGACAAGCGGGAAGGAUUUACCACACUCUGCCUAGAAUUCCAGAGGGACAUUGACAAAGGAAAAAAUAAUGAAUUGGAGACAUUGUUGUCAGAGAAAGAGUUACUUGAAAAUGAAACCCAUCUCUUGGAUAAGAACAAUAAUGCUUUGAAAAAUUCAAUGUCGGCAUUUGUGGAAGAAAUUCUUGAAGAUCUUCAUAAUUCUAACGCUGCUUUACAACUCGAGAUAUCGACUGGGAAUGAGGAAAAUGAGAAAUUGGUCAAGGACAUAGAUGAUUUAAGGACAGCCUUACUUUCAACAGCCAUGAUUGAUGAUGAUCAUUGAGGUUGUUUUGAGAGCAUAUUCAUCACGUGCUAUCUCAUUUGUGAUGGCUGCAACAGAAGGAGCACAGCUUAAUGUGGCACCGCUGGUAAUUGUAGUGAGGUUUCAGUGCCGAACCGGUUGUUUGUGAGGCACCGCCGGUGGAAAUUGUUCGGUAGGUUCCGGUGGCAAGCAAUUGCACCGUUGUGACACAUUGAGGAAAAAAUAUUCGAACCGAACCGGUGACCUCUAAAUCCCGUUUUUAAGACCAAA